AUGCAACACAAGGAUACGGCAGUAGCGAAGGACACAGCUAAAAAACGUUUACUGAGAAGAAAUAGUGCGCCGUCAGCUAUACAUAUAAUUUCACGAUUAGACAAAAAGUGGUCCUUCCUAUGGAAUACUAUAGAUAGACACAAUAUUGUUGAAGAGCAAGAUGAAAGUAGCGCUGCAAAAAGCGAAGAAGAACAUGAGGAUGAUUAUGAAUUGGAACAAUUACUCAACAUGAUAAGAAUACCAAUGUUCCUGGAAAAGUUCAUGCUCUUUGCACUUUUAACAAGCUUGGACUGUUUUUUGUAUUACUUUACUGUAUUACCGAUACGACUGAUAAAGGGAUAUGUAAAGCAAUUCAAGAGUUAUCGUCAGCAUUAUCGCCUGCAACAACGGUCUGGGCAUAAGAAUAAAAUACCCUUUCGAUAUAGAAUAACUUCAAGAGAAUAUAAAGAGAGAUGUAUGAUUUUUAUCAUCGUGAUUUCAUCCAUUUUGUUGAGCAAACUAGACACCUCAAAACUAUAUCACAGGAUAAAACGGCAAAGUACGAUGAAAUUGUACAUGCUAUUCAGUGUACUGGAAAUGGCGGACAAAAUGUUGGCAAGUUUGGGCCAGAGCUUAUUAACGGUUAUGCUUUCUAGGAAAAACUCGGAACGGAUAUUACUGCAUAAAUGUUUGUUAGUGUCAAUGAGCUUGACAUAUGUGACUAUACACGGCUAUGUAUUGGUUUACCAGGCCAUUUCAUUAAACAUAGCCGUGAAUUCGUAUUCCAAUGCCUUGCUAACUUUAUUACUAUCCAUGCAAUUUGCAGAAAUCAAAUCAUCGGUUUUAAAGAAAUUUGAUAAGGAGGGAUUUUUCCAAAUAACCAUUGCAGACGUAGUGGAAAGAUUUAAGUUGACCUUAUUAUUGUCAAUAACUGGCCUUAGGAACCUCCAGUCGUGGUCAUCUUCAUUAUCGAACACAAGCAUCAAUUUCUGGAGUCCACGUUCCACAUUAUCAAUCGUCAUUAACAUACUUUGUGGGCCGAUGGUAAGCGUGGUAGGGAGUGAAGUGUUAGUGGAUUGGGCAAAGCAUGCUUACAUCACAAAAUUCAAUCGGAUCCGCCCACAGAUAUAUGAUAAGUUCUAUUAUAUAAUAUACAAGGAUUAUUCUACGAGAACGCACAAAUUAGAAGAUAGAUUGGGAUUGCCUUUACCUGCAUUCGUUGUCCUUUUUAUUGUAAUGGUGAGGCCAACACUUUUUAAAUCAUCGGAACCUUCUUACCUUCCUUCGCUAUUUAGGAUCCUCUUCAUGGGGGCAUCCGUGUUUUUACUAGCAUUGUUGGCAAAAUUUACACUAGAUCUUAUUUUAAUCAAAUGGAGCAAACGGAUAGAGCAACGGUUCAGAGACCAAGCUUUCAAUACCGUUGUAACUGAAGAAGAAUACGUCCCAGGUUUACUCUCGGGCGGUAUGGGUAAAGUCGACGUGUCUACAAGAAUUGCAUUACAUUCUGAUUACAAUAAAGAGAAUCGUAUAGAGACCGAAAGUGUAUCGCCAAUGCGGAAAAGAAAAACUACUUUAACUGCUGAAUGUACUCCUCCUAGCCUAAAUGAUAUUAGAAGACAGAAAGAUUCCAAGAAUCCACGAUCGCUUGAAAAUGUCGCUCGCUAUAAAAUGGUUUCUAAAAGAAUAUGGUAA